GAGUCGGCUGCUGGUAGUAUUUUCCCGACUAGCUUGCUUGUAAACAGAGGCAUCGAGGUUAAACAGCUGAUUUUGACAGUGGUAUUAAUAGGAUGAAAACGAAGCAUUUUAAAUGAACACAACACUUCCAUUGUAAAAAGUGAAUCGUACUUUCAUUCAUAAGAGUUUUAGUUAAUUAGCCUUCACAUUUAAAUCAGAAAUAAGUAACUAUGAGUGCUGUAGCGCAAGUGGUGAAAAGCGUGGGUCCCAAGCUUGUUCCAUUUUUCAAGACCGUUGCCAUCUACUUCGUCGUUUUCUUGCCGGAUACUGUACCGUCAGUUUCAUCGACACUACUUAAAUGCUUGCCAAUAUUAAGUCUAAUGCUAUUUGUAUUACUCCAUGGCAUGAGUCUAGGCGAUGAGUACAAAUAUUCCAGAAGAAUAUUAGUAGGAUUAAUAUUCUGCUGCUUCGGCGACGCUUUCUUGAUAUGGCCUGGCUACUUCGAGAUGGGAAUGUUAGCCUUUGCAAUAGGACACAUAAAUUAUAUUUUAGCGUUUGGUUUUAAACCACUAAAUCUGACUUUAGGGGUAGGCUUAUACGCUUUGACAGUAAUGAACUUGGUGUAUCUAAUGCCCGGUUUACACGGAAUUCUUGUUCCUGGGGUUAUUAUAUACACACUCAUACUGACGACAAUGAUGUGGCGAGCAAUCGCCAGAGCACAAGUUUCUGAAGACUUAUGGACGUGGAGUAAACUUUCUUCUUGCGCUGGUUGCAUUCUUUUCGGUGUUUCCGAUUUAAUACUCGGCAUUGAUCGAUUUAGGCAACCCGUUGAUUACUCACAGGUUUUGAUUAUGUCAACUUAUUAUGCAGCCCAACUUGGUAUUGCUCUCAGUGUUGUAGAUGCCAAACCACAACCCGUGCGUCCCCAAUCACAAAAAUAAACAUAAGUAGUCAAUUAAAGUUUAAGAUAUACACCUAUACACUGUAAUUUGUGUUCAAGUCGUAGUAGUCUUCCAUGUGAUAAAAAUUUUACACAAGACUAAACAUCCUGGCUCUGUCUGUUCUCGUAAUUUUGGUGUUCUUCUGAAUCAGUACUUUGCUUGUUCCACGGCGUAGCGUAGCGUCGCCAGGAAUAUGUAAUAUUUUUACUUCACUUCUAAAAAAACUGAAAUUAUUGAUUACAGACAAAGCAACAACACUUCAGUUUUAGUCUUUUGGCAAGUGUAAUUAAAUGUCUAGGGAAUUUUUUAUAUCAACAUAUGGUAUCACAUCACACACACCUGGGAUGCAAUCUGAUCGAGUAUUAAAGCAACAGAUGCCCAGAAGAUAGCCACCUUACAAAUCUCUAAUGGUUUUUUGUUGACUGUCAUAAAGACGCACUGUGUCAAAAAUUUCAUGUCAGGUUGUGAUCAGAAUUACCAAUGAGAUUUCACUAAGAUUUAUUACAAGUGACAUUACAUCAAACAUUUAUUGUUAAUUUUCAAUCUAUAUUCCUUCCUAUGUUGGUGUUAUCAUAAAGUUCCUUCUGUAA